AUGUCUCUGCGGCUGUUUAAUUUAAAAAUAUGCACGAGUAACCUUCAAACGCUACACAAGCAAUGGAGAAGGUAUAGUGUUAUAAGCAAGGAAACAAUCAAGAAUUUUGAUAUAGAUAGACCACGUAGCGAUGAUCAUUUAAACUAUAAUAUCAAUAUUGGAAGUAAUGCCCAAGAGAAAAGAUUAUUACCGGAAACUUUAGAAGGUAGAAGCCAUCGCAACAUAAUAGAGCUUAACUCAGAAGUGGCGAAAUGUAUCAAUAACAAUAUUUUGAGCCUACACAUUCCAAAUAACAUUAGAAGAGUAGCUAAAAAUUACUUUGAAGAGCUUCAAACAAAGAAUAGCAUACAUAGAUCAACUAAAUCACCGAUGGAAGUCGACGCUCACAUUGCUUCAAUAUUCCUACAAAAUUACACUGCAAUUUUUCAGACACUUAUGGAACUCAAAAAACGUAAGAAAUCUUUUAGACCCAAAAGAGUCCUUGAUAUAGGUUUUGGACCAGCAACAGGUAUACUGGCUUUUAACGAUGUCAUGGGACCAGAUUACAAAUGUGAAACUAAAGAUUCAGUUAUUUAUGGACACAUAGAGAUGCAAAAAAGAGCGAAAUUACUUCUAAGCAGACAAUACAAUGAAAUACCAGAUAAUGAUGAAGCUGUAUCUGAAUGUAGAGAGCAGAAUGUUGAUGAUAUACCUGAAGAGGAUAGUUUGGUUGGCGCUGUCAUGACUAAAAAGAUAAACAUUAAUACAAAUUUGCGGACUAAUUUACCUACAGCUAGCGAAUAUGACUUAAUCAUAAUGACACACCAGCUAUUGAAAACAAAAGAGAAGUUCAAUACCGAAGUUGAGGAGAAUCUUUCUAACGUAUUGAAUUUGCUUGCACCAAAUGGCCAGCUGAUUAUUAUUGAAAGGGGUAACCCAAUUGGCUAUGAAACUAUUGCCAGAGCAAGACAGAUUAUGCUUCGCCCUGAAAACUACCCAGAUGAAAAGGGUAAAAUCCCAAGGCCUUGGGAAAAAGGCUAUAUCCGGAAUAGAUUUAGAGAAAAUAGCAAUUCUAUCCCCCACGAGGACUAUGCAUCGGCAAAAACUGAUUACUACUUAUACGAAAUUGCACCAUACCCUCAUCAUGGCAAAGACAUUCUUCAAACAGGAAAACCAAUAUAUUACGAAUUGAAGGAGGGUAAAAAUUUGAAGUUUAUCAACUUCCAGAAAACGGUACGCAGACCUAAGUUCAGUAUCGAGCACAAAAGGGGCCAACUUCUAUCUGCUCCAUGGGACAGAAAAGGCGAUAGAUUUGUUGAUCUCAGUGGGUCUGGCCGCAGAAAUGGAAAUGACUACGAGAUCGUGAAUUUUUGUUAUAUCAUAAUGGAAAGGACAUCUACAGACAAAAGCACCCUAGAAAAAAUUAAACGUGCCCGAGAAAAUAGUAAGAACAAUCAUACAGCAGCUGACUUCAAUUUAGAGUGUUCAUCAGUAACUUGGCCUCGUAUCAUAACAGAACCUGUCAAACGAAAAGGCCAUGUAACACUGGAUGUAGUUACUGCAACAGGCUUGAUUGAAAAAUGGACAAUACCGAAGUCUUUCUCAAAAGAAAUUUACCAUGAUGCUCGAAAAGCGAUCAAAGGAGAUUUGUGGCCUCACUCAGCUAAAACGAAAAUUUUAGGCAUGGCUCCAAUGAAGCUAAACAAAUUAAAGGAAGCUGAAAAGAGAGCAAUUCUCGAAUCAAGAAAAGAAUUUAAACGUAAAGAAAGAGAAGUUGCGCUAAGCUUGAAUGAAAUUAAUAAUGCUACAAAUGAAGAUCAUCUCUCUAAAAUUAACGACUCAGAUUUGGAAGGGGUAGAUAGGAUGAGAGAACUGGCAAAUGCUUAUGGCUAUUAUUUCGAUAGAAGGAAAAUGUAA